GUUCGCGGCGGAUCGGCGGUGGCCUCAGCCCCUCGGGAAGGUCCGGGGCUCGGUGCGAGUGUGAGGUCCCUCCGGUCCCUCCGGCUGCGGCACCGGGCACCUGGCAGGGGCUUCUGCUGCCUCCGCAGGGGCCACCGCGGCUUUGGGAGCCGCGAGGGUUCUUUGCGGGGGCAGGCGCCGCCAUCGCUCGUCGCUGCCGUUUCCCGCAGGUGCCGGACGGGCGGGCACAGCCCGGCUGCGUUCGGCUGGUGGCGGGGUAUAGAAGAGCAGGACCGGGAAGGACAGGCGGCAUUGGAAGGGGGGACACUGCAGAGAAUCCCUAAGCAGGAGAGGAACAGUGGCAAUAAAGGAGAUAAAGGACAGAGCAGUUUGUUCCAGGCAUUGCCAGCGCAGGAUGGAGCGGAGCUGCUGUCGCAGGGGUGGCACAGCUGUCACGACAGUUCUCCAGCUCAGACGUACUGGGGACAAGCACAGUUCUGCGGUCCAGGCUCCCCAGCAAACACACGCUCCAGGAGCCCUGUGCAGUUGUUUGCUCUGAUCAUUUGUGCCGCUGGGACAGAGCUGUAGUCAAACUAAAGAUGCCACUCUUCUUCCGUAAGAAGAAACCCAGCCAUGAUGCUCGGAAGCGCCUUGAAUACCAAAUGUGCCUGGCAAAAGAAGCUGGUGCUGAUGAUAUUCUUGACAUAUCCAAAUGUGAACUCUCAGAGGUUCCUUAUGGGGUCUUUGCAACUUGUAAAGUCUUGCAAAAAAAGGUGCUCAUUAUUCACACGAAUAAUCUGACGUCUUUAGUUCCAAAGUCCUGCAGCCUUCUGAGUCUCAUAACCGUGAAGGUUCUAGACCUGCACAACAACCAGCUGGCAUCGCUUCCUGCUGAUAUUGGCCAGCUGACAUCUCUUCAGGUCCUAAACCUUGAAAGGAAUCUUUUAAAAUGUCUUCCACAAUCUAUAGGAGACCUUGCGCAGCUCCAGAUGCUCAAUGUCAAAGGGAACAAGCUGAAGGAGCUGCCUGCUACCGUGAGCGGCUUGCGGAGCUUGCGCACCCUGGAUCUCAGUGAGAACGCGCUCCAGGAGCUGCCGCGGGUGCUGGCGCACGUCCGCACGCUGGAGACGCUGACCCUGGACACCUCCUCCAUGACCUACCCGUCAGCUGAUAUCUGCAGCGCGGGUACAGAGGCCAUUCAGCAGUUCCUCUGCAGAGAGUGUGGGAUUGAGUACUACCCGCCCUCGCAGUACCUGCUCCCCGCGCUGGAGGGUGACCGAGGAGGAACGUCCGUGGAUGGGGUGGACAGGGCCGUGCAGAAGUACUUGGAGGAGGAGAGCGAGUGGCAGAAUAAAUUCUUGGAUUAUGAGAAGAGAAAGGAAAAAAAAAUGCAGGAGAAGCUGGAAUUUGAGCGACGCCUGGACAUGGGGCAGAGGGAACACGCUCUGCUCGUUCAGCAGACCAGCAGUCAGAAGGAGGAGAUCCUGCAGACAGUGAGGGAGGAGCAGCUGAGGCUGGAGGAGGGUCUGACGAAGCACCAGCACUAUUUGGAGCAGGAGCGCCUGAAGCUGCUGCAGCAGCUGAAGCAAGCGGAGCAAGGGAUCGCCAGCCGCGUCCAGAAGCUGCUGGAGGACAACCAGAGGCAAAAACAAAGUGCAGAGAUUCUGAAAUCCUUGGAGAAUGAGAGAAUAAGGAUGGAACAGCUGAUGGCAAUAACGCAGGAGGAGACGGAGCGUCUGCGCAGAAGGGAAGUGGCCUCUGCCAUGCAGCGAAUGCUGGCCGAGAGCUACAAGAACAAGCUCAUCCAAAUGACCUACGAGUCCCGUCGGCAAGACCUUGUCAACCAGGCCUGCUCCAGCCUAGCUGAGAUGGACCAGAAGUUCCAGCAGAUCCUGGCUUGGCAGCAGCUGGAUCAGAACAAAGCCGUUAGUCAGAUCCUGCAGGAGAUUGAGAUGCAGAAAGCUGCCUUCGAAGCUCUCCAGGUGAAGAAGGAUCUUAUGCACAGGCAGAUCAGGAACCAGAUUAAAUUAAUAGAAACAGAGUUAUUGCAGUUGACACAGCUGGAGUUAAAGAGACAAGAACUGGACACAGAGACGCUGCAGGGGGUGAUCAUGGAGCAACGCCAAGCGCUCGGCUACCUGCUGCAGCAGCUGCUCAAAGAAAAGAAGCAAAGGGAAGAAGAACUGCGACAAAUACUGCUGGAAAUGGAGGCAAAGAGCGAAACCAAACAGGAGAACUACUGGCUGAUCCAGUACCAGCGCCUGCUGAACCAGAAGCCGCUCUCCCUAAGACUCCAGGAGGAGGGCUUGGAGCGGCAGCUGAUGAACCUUUUAAUCGAGCUGUCGGCUGAACAGUAUGUGCCAGUGUUCGCACAUCAUCGAAUAUCCUUGCAGGCGCUCAGCACCAUGACCGCCAGUGACCUGGAAAAGAUCGGCGUGGCGGAGGCCGGCCUGCAGCGUGCCAUCCUCAGCCGAGCUAAGGAGAUCGUGGCCGUGGCCAAGACCAUCCCAGAGCUGCUGAGGACGGUGGACACUGAGGUCCCUGCAGCCCCAGAGCCCAGCGCGCCCUUGGAGGAGCCUCCGAGCCCCAUGGGGCCAACGGCUCCGCCGCUGCAGUGGGACGAGAAGAAGUCGGAGUGUGUUGUCUGCAUGGAGCAGGAGACCCAGAUGAUUUUCCUGCCCUGUGGCCAUGUCUGCUGCUGCCAGACCUGCUGCGAGCGGCUGCACACUUGUCCCCUGUGCCGCAAGGACGUCACUCAGCGCAUCCGCAUCUUCCACAGCGGCUAGGCUGGGCUGAGGAAGGUGAGGCUGCCGGCAUCACCAUCGUCAUCCAGGGCAAUGGGCUCCUCUCUCUCCAUGUCAGUAUUAAACAGGCGCUUGCACAGCAUGACCAGCGCUGUCCUCCCCACGCAUGGCCCCGACAACAGCCCCGGGUUGGAGGAACCCACGAGUCUUGACAGCUCCGUGUUCCCUGAUGGCUCCUCAGCCUCUGCCUGGGGUUCCUUCUUCAUCUGCACCGCCUCCUCCUGCCCACCCAGCAGCCUCUUGCCUGGGAGCACUGAGUGUUGGAACAGGCUGCACUUGUGCCCCCUUCUCUUUAUUUAAUGUAUUUGCCCUCAGCAACACCCCUCACUCAGCAGGGACACAGUUAGUGUCACCUCUGAAGCUACUGUGACCUUGCAGGUCCCCACUGUGGCUGAGCUCUGUGCCCAGAGGUGGAUGAGUCCACAGGAGGACGCAGGCAGCAGCGCACGAUGCCCUGGGCUGCUCAGGGUGUCCUGCUCCUCCAUUGUCCCAAAGGUCUGGGACUUCUGCUCUGGCGGCCAUGCAGCAUUUCUGGGGCACUGCGGCCAGGGGCAGAGCGAGGAGCUCCCGACCCCCAGUUCAUCCCCCUGUCACUGGGGGGAUUCUGCAGCAGCCCCACAUCCAGGAUUUGAGGGCCCUGCAGAAAGUGUUGCUGCCACCCAAGAGCAGGAGGGCUGGGGCUGCGCCUGGCACAGCUCUGCACGGCCGCCGCGCUUUGGCGUGCGAGCAGUUCUCCAUCGUCAUUAAUAAGUAACGAUCCCAGCCCAUCUUUCGUUUCUUGACCUUGAAGGAUAAAAUGCAGAGAUAAGCCGGGUCCCACCGCAGCCCUGCCCCCGGGAGCAGAGAUUAAAAAGCAGCUGGUUUCUGCUGGUC